AUGAGCGACAACGCCACCGUCGUGGAUUCCUUGGCGAUGCGCCAUGCUCUAGGCCGUUGCAACGUUGACUCCGGUUGUAAUUGUGCCUCCCACUCGGCGUCUCCGCUCCGUUCCCCGGCCGCCGGGUCCCCAUCAAGGAGCCACUCGGCGAGGAGUGAGGAUGGGGACUCCGUUGACUUGUCGGAGGACCGCGACAGCGAGCAGAUGGCCACAUCCCAGGACCAGAGCGACUCGUCCAUCCCUGAUGGUGUCCACGAGACUGAUUGGUUCGGCAUGCAUGUUGUGAGGAUUCGUAAGUGUGAACAUGGUCGCUAUGCCAUUCUCAAGAAAUGUUGGGGGUGGGAAGACAGAGGGGGGGCGAGACAGCGAGUGAGCGGCGGCUAUGUGGAAGCCCCUGGGGCCGAUGCAUACCCGGAGGUUUUUGGUCGUCCUCAGAAGUUGCAUUCACCCAUCAACGAGACGACGACGAACCUGAUCCGAGGAUUCAUCGACCACGUCUGUCCUCGUUUGGAUUCUGCUGUUGCUGGUGGUGCUGCCGACCCGACCUACUUCGCGUUCCAUGGAGCUGAGGCCACACCGGAUGGCUACUACGGGUUCAUCGCCACGCUGGACGACGACGGGUUUACAAAGACGGGCUGCCUCAACACCGAGUGCGCCGGAUUCCAGCCGGAGAAGGGCGCAGCGAUAGCUCCCGGAGACGUCAUCGAGAACGUCUCCACUCCCAAGGGCGGGAACAAGCAAAACCUGAGCCUUAAGAUCGUCAAGCAGGGCGGCGCGUCGGGCGACUGGGUGGUGCACGCGGGCCUGAACCGUGAGCCGGCGCCCAUCGGCCGCUUCCCCCGGUCGCUCUUCACCGGAGGCUUCGCGGAGAAGGCGGCGGCCGUGCGGUUCGGUGGCAUGGUGACGGCGCCCGCCGCGGACAAUCCGCCGGCGCCCAUGGGCAGCGGCUACCUGCCUGGGGCAUCCGCCGCGUCCGUGACCGGCGUCCAGCUCGUCGGCCCCGACGGGCGUGCGUCGCCGGUGACGUCGGACCUGCCCAAGCUGGAGGGCAGGCCUGAGGCGUACGCCGUCAGCCCCGUGGAGAAUGGCAGCUUCUACGGUGGACCGGCCAAGGCCGUGGCGUGA